AUGGAGCCUCACAAUAUACCUGCGGUUACAUCACCACCAUCAACAACCCCCUUUAGAGAAAGCGAUUCGGUGCAUCAUGAGGCGGGAACACCACGAACUUCCCAAUCCGUGUGGUCUCAGGGUAAUGAUGCGUCUGCUCAUUUGAAAACGCAAAAUGAGUACCGCAUCAAGGUCAAACAGCGUCAACAAAUUCUGGAUAGAAUCAACAUCGAUAGCAUACUUCCGCAUCUUAGCAGUAUUUCCGUGCACGAGCUCGAGGCAAAAUUAUCGGUACUGGAACGUCAGUACGAAUCAUUUCACCAUCUACAAUCAGAAUUGGAGCUAAUGAACGAUGAAGAACUCAAUCAACCACAUCGGGAUACAUUCGAUGAAUCCUUUUGUGCAGCGAAGGCAAUCAUAGUGCAGCGCAUAAAUGUGCUUAACUCCGCACGCCGAGAAACUAUAUUCAACAGCACAGCGAUUGCAUCUCCGUCACAUCGAGUCAACCUUCCGAAACUUCAACUCACGAAAUUCAAUGCCAGUAUUUCCGUGCACGAGCUCGAGGCAAAAUUAUCGGUACUGGAACGUCAGUGCGAAUCAUUUCACCAUCUACAAUCAGAAUUGGAGCUAAUGAACGAUGAAGAACUCAAUCAACCACAUCGGGAUACAUUCGAUGAAUCCUUUUGUGCAGCGAAGGCAAUCAUAGUGCAGCGCAUAAAUGUGCUUAACUCCGCACGCCGAGAAACUAUAUUCAACAGCACAGCGAUUGCAUCUCCGUCACAUCGAGUCAACCUUCCGAAACUUCAACUCACGAAAUUCAAUGGUCAUCAUCGAAAUUGGAUGGAUUUUUACAACAUGUUUUUAGCGCUCGUUCACAACAACAGCCAAUUAGCAAACAUCGAGAAGUUUCAGUACCUCCGAUCAUGUCUCGUCGACUCAGCAGCUAGCCUCAUACAAUCGUUUGAGGUGACCGAUGAAAAUUAUAUUAAGGCGUUGGAUCUGUUACAGUCUAGAUAUGGAAACAAGCGGCUAAUUUUCCAAGCUCAUAUCCAACAUAUUUUCGAAGUACAGGGAGAAACAAGGUCGAAUGCAUCAUCGAUGAGGGCGUUCAUAGACGUCGUCAAUACCAACUUACGAGCUGUGCAAUCACUAGCUUCAAAUCAGCAAGUAUCAGAUGGCAUACUCUUGCAUCUGGUAUCCUCAAAGCUCAAUACAGACACGAAGGCCAAGUGGGAGGAAGAGGUUACCCACUUGUUUGAUCAGCGAUCAACUGCCAUGAGUUUUCAACUGCCCACUUGGGAGGACUUAGCAAAAUUCUUAGAACGUCGUUGUCAAAUUGCAGAUAUUUUGAAAGCCGGGCAGCCUAAAACACUCGUACCAAGAACUCAGCUAACAACACAUAGGCACAACAAACGUGACGAAAAAUGGGCCAUGGUGAGUACCAAACAAGCAAAGUGUGAAUUUUGCAAUGCGGUUCCCCAUCAUAAUGCCUUCAAAUGCGACACGUUCCGUGACAUGGAUCCACUUGCAAGAUAUAACUGUGUGAAAGGACUAAACUUGUGCUUGAAUUGCCUUGGAUCAGGUCAUAAAUCGAAUGAUUGUCCUUCAGUCCAUCGCUGUAAACACUGCAAUGUAAAACAUCAUACACUAUUACAUCGAAAUGAUUCCCCCAUUACCAACAUAUCACCAAGAGCAGGUUUGCUCUCAUCAUCUGCUCUUAAGGUGAGUCUCGAUCAAUCAGAAGUUAUUCUUGGAACAGCAAUUAUUCAUGUUUUUAAUUCUCGGGGAGUGAGCAUCCGAGCUCGCGCUCUGCUAGAUUCCGGAUCUCAACUGCAUUUCAUCACGGAGAAAUUGGCACAACAUUUAAGAGUAACUCGAAAGGGCGUAGAUAUCGACGUCAGUGGAAUAGGUCAAAGGAGAGCAAAGGCACAACAUUUAUGUUGCAUAACGAUUAAAUCUCUAACCGAAGAGUAUAGUGCUACCAUUGAUGCACUAAUCAUACCAUCCAUUACGUCUUGUCAACCUAGUCGUCGCAUCGAUCAGGCAACCAUUUCGAUUCCAGAUACCAUUUCCAUCGCUGAUCCGACAUUCAACAUACCAGGACAGAUUGACAUACUCAUUGGAGCAGGAUUAUUUUUUGAGAUACUUAGUGCAAUUCCUGCGCACGUAACAUCAGCAGCUGAUCCAUCACCUCCAUACAAAGCAUUCACAUCAGUCACAUCAGAGUCCAUUUUAGAUAAGCUCCUGGAAUGGUUUUGGGCAAUCGAAGACAUUCCAGCAUCGUCAUCGUCGACUCUAUCAUCGGAUGAGCUCGAAUGUGAAUCCUAUUUCAGCUCUACUACUCACAGGUGUCCCGUUACCAAUAAGUUCAUUGUUCGCCUUCCAUUUCGUGAAGAACCGCAUCACCUGGGUGCUUCAGAAGAAACCGCAGGCAAAAGAAUGUUUUCGUUAGAAUCCAAACUGAAUCAAAACUCAAAUCUUCGCAGAGAUUACAAUGAGUUCAUGGAAGAAUAUAUCGAUAUGAAGCAUAUGAUUCCAGUUAAUUUAGAAUAUUCACCAAGAAAUCGCCUAAACUAUAUUCCCCACCACGGGGUCACAAAACUUGAUAGCUCGACUACUAAGCUGCGGGUAGUCUUUGACGCCUCCUGCAAAACCUCAAAUGGAUAUUGCCUAAACGACAUGUUGAGAGUUGGUCCCCAGCUACAAGAUACGAUAUUCACAAUUUUGACCCGAUUCAGAAGACACAAAUAUGUCAUCAUGGCUGACAUUGCGAAAAUGUAUAGGCAAAUCUGGGUCGACGAACGAGAUACCCAAUGGCAAUGCAUUUUCUGGCGUCCUACCUCUCAACAACCACUUACCACAUAUCAGCUACAAACAGUUACUUAUGGUACUAGUUGCGCACCGUACCUUGCGGUAAAAUGUCUACAACAGCUGGCAAUUGACGAAGCGAAAACUUACCCAAUCGGAUCAAAGGUAACACUAAGCGACUUCUAUGUAGACAAUUUAAUAAGCGGCGCAGCUAGUAUCGGCGAGGUCAUCGAAAUCAAAAAUCAAACCAUAAACUUACUGAAUUGCGCGGGAUUUCCUUUACGAAAAUUUGCAUCGAACGCAUCCGAAAUUGUUGCCGAUAUUUUACCAGAAGACAAAGAAGAGACAAUUCGUUUCCAUGACACUGAGUUUGUAAAAACGUUAGGGUUAAAAUGGUCACCAGUUGAGGAUUGCUUUCUAUUUCAUUUGGUAGCGGAUAAUAGCGUUAAAACUACAAAGCGUUCAAUUCUAUCAAAGUUGGCAAGUUUUUUUGAUCCGAUAGGUCUCCUCAAUCCUCUGAUUGUAACAUGCAAAAUUUUGAUGCAACAACUGUGGAAGCUGAAGUCGCCAUGGGAUGAUGAGGUCCCACCCGGGAUCAAGGUUCAUUGGGAACUAUUCAAUAAACAACUACCGCUUUUACAAACAUUAAAAAUACCCAGAUGCAAGCACUAA